GUUUGGCUCUUCCGAGUGUCUAAAAGAGAUCCUUCCAAGUCCGGAGGGAAGCUCCGCCCACGACGUUACUCCUGACUAACAACUGUUCGUGUGAACGCUCCCUUAGGCAAAAGGUUCCAUCUUGGCUUUCUUUCUGGAUCCUGCACUUCUAUGCCACCUUUGUUUAUUAUCUACCCAAAGGUAGCUUCUAGAUCACUUGGGCACUGUGGAGUUUGCAUUAAUCAGGCUCAAGCAGAAAUGCCACAUACCCCUCGCCAACGGUUGCAGCCUCGGGCUCCAAUUUGGUCAGAGACAGAAACUCGAGAUUUCCUGGCCCUCUGGGGUGAAUUGCUGAUUUUGAGGUGGAUUGAAAACCGCCCGCCAAACAGUGACAUCUACGAGGAUCUCUCAGCCCAGAUGAUAGCCAGGGGUCACGAGCGCAAUGCUUCGCAGUGUAGGAACCGAGCCCGGGAUCUGAAACGAAGUUAUCGGAGAGCCAAAGAUGCCCAGAUCUGUGCUGGAGCUGAGACCGUGUCUUGCCGUUACUUCCGAGAAUUGGAUCAAAUGUUUGGAGGUGAAAUGGAUAGGACCACCAACCGGAGCUUGGCCAGCAUGGAUGGAUCCAUGCAGGUGGUGGUAAAAAGCGAGGAUGCAAAAGAUAUGGAGGCCCAGGCCUCUGAGGAAGAGAGUAACCAAAUGACGCCCCCAAACACCCUCUCAAGUAUGGAUGCAGACACAGACACGGAAACCGAACCGAACGUGGGGAUCACACGAGGGUUAGUGACAGUGGUAGAUCCCAACGUGAUUGAAACCACAAUAGUUCAGGAAGGUCCUGAAGAGAAGGCAGUGCCCUUUUGUGGGCAACCCGUUCCAGGCUGCAGUGAAGAUGGGCACCACACUGCUACUGGUAGAGGCAGGCGAGAGAAGUCCUUUGGUCAUCCCCUGACAACAGCAGAAAGGAUGGCAUCUAUGCGGGAGAGGAAGAGGCGGUCACACGAGGAGAUGAUGCAUGAGAUCAUGACCGACUAUAGGAGGACCUGGGAGACCAUGGAGGCUCUUCACGAGAGAAGUGAAAUCAACGCUGGGGACUUCCGUGAAGCCGUGCUGAGGGAAAUGCUUCUGGACAGAGAGGCCCGGACACGGGAGGCCCAAUUAAACCGUGAAUCCCGGGCAAGGGAGGCCCAGCUGGAUAGAGAAGCCAGGAUUAGGGACAACCAAUUGGAGAGAGAGAUUAGAAUUAAGGAGCUUGGUAUGAUUGAAGCUGAGCUUCAGCGCACCAGGGAGAUCCUCCAUCCAAUGGUUGAUGCCGUGGCAUCUGUGGCAGAGGCCUUGCGUAUGGCUAGCAGGAUAUUGCCACCGUCUCAGCCUGCACAGAAAGUGAGGGCUGGAGUCUUCUUGGAAUCAAAGGAAAGCAAAUAAUUUCUGUCUCUCUUUCAAGUAUAAAACUUUUAUCUUGAAUGGAAAAGAUGUGUUGUCAGGAAGUGAAGGGAGGAAAAAAGUGCUAAAUUCAGGGAUUUUUAAUAGUAAUUUUAUCUUGCCCAGUAAGAGGUUGAGCCAGGCUUAUCUACUCGCUUAAUUAACUCAUCCUGUGGAAAAGAGAGAUAAUGUACAUUCUGGAUGGUUUGGUUUGGAAAAAGAAAAGAAACUUUAGAAAAGACAUUACAGUAGCUUAUUGAUAGGAGCCCUCCUUUCCCUUACAACCAAAUCCAGCUGACUGCUUAUUUGGGGUUCUUUCUGGAGAGACUUUAUCCGAACGGAGGUAUUGGAGAACAAAAUGCUUGCAUAUUUUCACAAUGGAGUAUUGUUUGAACUGUCGACUUACAACAGUUUGUUUAGUGACCGUUUGAAGUUACAACGGCACUGAAAAAAGUGACUCAUGACUGUUUUUCACAUUUACGACCAUUGCAUUGUCAGGGUCACGUGAUCAAAAUGUAGACGCUUGGCAACUGACUCACAAUUAUGAUGGUUGCAGUAUCCCAGGGUCAUGUGAUCGCCUUUUGACAAGCAAAGUCAAUGGGGAAGCAAGAUUCACUUAACAACCGUGUUAUUAAUAUAACUGCAGUGAUUCACGUAACUGUUCCAAGGAAGGUCGUAAAAUGGGGCAGAGUUCACUUAAUAGUUGUCUUGCUUAGCAACAGAAAAGUUGGGCUCAGUUGUGGUCAUAAGUCAAGGACUCCCUAUAGUUUACUGUAUGUGUUUGUAUAUGCUAGGUAUGUAUCAUUCAUAACUCUUCCUUCUCAAAUUCUCAUGACCUGGCUUCAUUUUUCUACCAGUUAGUGGAGACAAUCAAUAGAGAAGAGAUGCUGCCUUCACAUGUACUGAUAACCUCCCCUUGAAGCAACUAAGUGGUGCUUUGCAAACGAAGUGCUGGACUGGACGGAACUGACUUAGCUUCUCCUUCCAGAUCUCUCAUAUAUGUAACCAAUGAAUGUGGCUCUCUUAAAGUCCUUGUGGGGUGAGUUCAUAGCAAAUCCAAAGCCAGGUUAAAAAACCCCACAAUUGCUGUGUUCACAUAACUUGCUAUGAAUGAACGAUAUGAUGUUUUAAUGUGAUGGCCCAUUUCACAGAAUAUGGUUCCCUUCCUUCCUCUGUGGUUGUUCUUGAUGUUGAUAGGAAGCAAGAGGUCUGGCCCUCGUCCUCUGUUUUGCAGGGUCCUGUAGGGCUCAGUAGUUUUCUCCACUUCUGUUUAACAUCUACGUGAAGCUGCUGGGUGAGAUCAUCUGCCACCAUGGACUGAGAUAUCACCCAUCUGUAUAUAACAGUUGGAAGGGACUUUGGAGGUCUUCUAGUCCAACCCUCUGCUCAGGCAGGAAACUUUAUGCCAUUUCAGACAAAUAGUUGUCCGAACUUGUCUUAAAAACUUCCAGUGUUGGGGCAUUCACAACUUCUGAAGGCAAGUUGUUCCACUGGUUAAUUGUUCUGUCAGAAAAUUUCUCCUUAGUUCUAGGUUGCUUCUUUUUUGAUUAGUUUCCACCCAUUGCUUCUUGUCCUACCCUCAGGUGCUUUGGAGAAUACUUGAGUCCCUCUUCUUUGUGGCAGCCCCUGAGAUAUUGAAACACUGCUAUCAUGUCUCCCUUAGUCCUUCUUUUCAUUAAACUAGACAUACCCAAUUCCAGCAACCGUUCUUUAUAUGUUUAUAGCUCUCAGCCCCUAAUCAUCUUUGUUGCUCUUCUCUGCACUCUUUCUAGAGUCUCCACAUCUUUCACAUCGUGGCGACCAAAACUGGAUGCAGUAUUCCAAGUGUGGCCUUACCAAGGCAUUAUAAAGUGGUAUUAACACUUCACGUGAUCUUGAUUCUAUUUAUGCAGCCUAGAACUGUGUUGGCAGCUGCAGCACACUGUUGGCUCAUAUUUAAAUGAUUGUCCAGUAGGACUCCAAAAUCUCUCUCACAGUUAACUAUUCUAUUGAGCCAGGUACCUAUACCAUACCUGUUCAUUUGGUUUUUCUUGCCUAAAUGUAGAACCUUACUUUUUUUCACCAUUGAAUUUCAUUGUGUUGGAUAGCACCCAAAGUUCAAGUCUAUAUCAAGUAUCUUAAGCCCAUGGUGAAUUUAAGCAAUCAUGAUCUCCUUGUAGAGCUUGGAGACUGUUAAGGGCUGGAUGGGGAGCAACAGACUGAACCUGAACUCUGGCAAGAUGGAAUGGCUCUGGGUUUGAGGUUGUUUGGUUCAUGGAGAAUUGCCACCUUAGGUCUUGGAUGAGGUACCACUACCCCAGACAGAUCUAGUGUGUAAUCUGGAGGUUCUCCUAAACUCAUGACCCUUGCUCAAGGAGCAGAUGGCAGUUGUGGCCAUGAGGCCCUUUGUGCAAUUGUGGGCUAUGUGCCAUUUAUGCCCUUUCCUGGACCAACAGUCCCUGCUCAUAGUCACCAUGCCCUACUUACCUUCUAUCUUGACUGUUGCGAUGUUCUCUACAUAGACUGGCCUUGAAAAGUAUCUGGAAGCUUCAAUUGGUUCAAAAUGCAGUGGCCCACAUGGUUUUGUAUGGGCCUAGAUGUACAUAUGCGUCAUCUCUCCUGCAAGGACUGCAUUGGCUGCCAAUUUGCUUCAAGGUCCAAUUCAAGCUGAUGGUUGUCAUCUUUAAAGCCCUACAUGCCUUGGGAUCAGGUUAUUUAACCUACCCAACCCACCAAAGCUGGGGCCAAGGGAAUGCUAUGGAUCCCUCUCUCCUAAGGAGAUCCAUCUAGUGGUACCAAAAGGAAAAGCCAUCUCUACGGGGGCUCCUUCCCUGUGGAACAUCAUCCCACAGAUGAUAUGAUCAGCCUCCACUUUUAACACUCUGUCUCAAGGCCCUGAAAUCCUGGUUUGCCAGGAUUGGGGCUUGGGUACCCCAGAGUACAAUGGAAACCCUUCCAAUGGCUCAUUUGAUUGUUGUUGCUCGGGUAUGUGCAGUUAUUGCUUUUUAUUGUUUCUGUAUUGAGCUUUUAUUCUUGUAAGCUGCCCAGAAUCACUGAGAAUGAGUUGGGUAGCCAUAUAAAUUUUCUUAAAUAAAUAUGCUAAGGCAACAGCUGGGUUUCCACACCACACUGGCUCACACAUAUUUAACCUUACGGCAGCCUAGUCUGGUUUGUCAUCCAGAGCCUAUUGGGGAAUAUGUGUGUGCAGGAAAAAAUAGGUUAUCAUUUCUGAUGCCUCAUUUAGCUAUUCUGAAAUACUCACAGUAUUAUGCUGCCUCACCAGCCAGUAUCAUUAAGAUUACAACUGGAGGAAAAAGCCUUUCUGCUUUUGAUACAGUACGUUGAGCUUCAUUAGCUUCUUCCAAGAAGACCAUUCUUUGUUUAAAACCAACUUCUUUACUUAGAGCGCUAAUAGAAACAAAAGCCAGAUAAAUCCAACACUGUAAAAAGAAAUUAUAUUUUUAUUGAGCAAGAUAUUCAAGACAUUGCAUUUGACAAGACACAGUGAAAAGACCAUUUAAAAUUAGUAUUAAUUUUCCAAGAGUUUACACUUUAUGGGCAGAAUAAUGUGGUCACUAAUAUUUUAGUAUCUUGCUAAGGUACAUGGUUGUACUUACAACCAUUCAUUUAAAGAUGGUUUCAAGUUAAGACAGCCUUGGGGGGUGGGGGGCAGAAGUGAUUUUACAGUAACCCCACAUUUAUGACCAGUUGCAGCAUUCUGCAGUCAUGGGAUCCCAAUUUGUGACCUUCCCAGCUGAUUUCUGACAAAAAAAAAAUCAACUGGGAAAGUUGGAUUUGCUUAACGACCGUGGUAAAAAUGGUCAUAAAAUUAGGCCCGGUCAUGUCAUGACUUGAUUUACAACCAUCCAAUUUAUGACAAAAAGUUCCAGUUUCAAUUGUUGUAAAUUAAGGACUAUCUAUAAAUGUCAAAACAUUUUGAAUUCUUGCCUCAUUGCUACACAUGGUUGACUCCUAAAGUUGAUAGCAUGCACUGAAGAAUUUUUAAAAAAACGCUAAAAAGUAACCACAUUCUCUCUCCAGAUUUUUAUUUCUAUUGGCAUUCCUUUAAUUUUUUUUAUAGGACAAUUAGUAUGACUCCUAAAAUGUUAUAUCAGGAAAUAUUUACUAGGUUGCUGUCUCCUGGUAUGCUCCAAAUAUGCUCAAUUUUAACUUCCAUAUUCCACCAGCCAUUUAACUGACACUGAGUAAGGAAAGGCUGAGAUGGAUUAGCACUCAGUGGGCAACAAUACACUUCUUGUUCUCAGCUACACACCCACACACUCAAAUAGAUUGCAAAUAGAUUUCAAUGUCAAACAAUGACUUAUUACUAAGAUCUCUACAUGACAUUAUUGGGGGGGAAUUCAUCCAGAGUCUUACCCAUAGGAAAUCCUGCUCUACUGAACCCAAUUUUCAAGGAAAGAAUCAGUAGCCCUAAAUGUUGCUUAAAUCCUGAUAGUAGGCUGGAUGAGUAAACAAGUUGAAAUUAAAUCCAGACAAAUCGGAGCUGCUGUUGGUAUGGAAAAAGUAGGACUUCUGGGAUAGAGAGAAGCUUCCUCUGCACAAGGUUGCAGCCCCCAGAAGGAGCAGGUUGGGGUCUGGAAGUAUCCCUCGAUCUCCAUCUGUCACAGGACUUGCAGACAGCAAAUUUGGCAAGAAGAAUGUUUGCACAGUUACAAGCCACUACAUCAAAUGCGACCCUUCCUGAGCCAGCUGGACUGUGGCAAAAUUGACCAUCUGCCUUAACUGUGUUGCGUGUGAGGCUAUUCUUGAAAAGGGUCUAGAAAUUGCAAAUACUACCAAGCAGGGCAGCUAGGCUGCUGACCGCCAUAGUGUAUAGAAUUCAUAUGAUUCCUGUAAUAAAGAUCAAUAAUCGCUGGCGUUUUCUGGGAAUAAUUCAAGCAUUCUUGUAUAAAAUUUUUUAUAAAAAUUGUGUUUAAACAAAAGGAAUAAUUCCAGGGCAAUAAUGACUCAUAAAACGCUACACAGUUUAGAACUUGACAAUCUAUGGCCAGGUGUCAAACUUGAUUUCAUUGAGGGCCACAUCAGGGUUGUGUUUGACCUCAGGGGGCUGGGAUGGGCGUGACCAGCUCGACGUCACUCAUGUCGGGGUGCCUGUGUUGGCCCAAGCGCUCUGCCAGAGAAAAUGGGCUCCUGAGCUCCAUUUUCGCUGAAAGAGGCAUCAUGGGCCAGUCCUUCGCUGUUUCCAGGGUGGCCCCGCGGGCCAGAUCUAAGCACCCCACGGGCCAGAUCCGGCCCCCAGGCCUUGAGUUUGACACCCCUGGUCUAUGGGAUCACCUCUCUUGCUAUGAACUUGACUACUCAGAUUAGCAGGAAAAACUGUUCUGAAGAUGCACUAUUGUCAAAGUUUCUACCAUCUGGUACGUGAAAAGUGAAAAAAGUGAAAAGUGCAUGGUUCCAGGGUUUUUUUGUUUUUAAACUCUUUUACUUGUGUUGUUAAAAAGCUAAUUCAAGCAAAUAAAUUCUCUUAGGGUCGUAAUGGCUACAUUUGAUUUUGAGGAGGUGAGAGAGAGAGUGCCCUCAAAAGGCGAAGUUUGUGUGAUGGACUACAGUGCAGUUAUAGUUACCCAGGAACACAUUAGGAAAGAACGAGACAAGAGGCAGCCCAGUCCAGAGCUGGAUAGGAGACAGAAGAAGAGAGUAAGAAUAGCCACUGCUUAGGAUCUCUGAAGUUAUAUCUGUUAAGGUAAGAGUAGUAAGGGUUUGGUCUGGCAAGAUUUUGUCUAUUGGGUGUAAGCAAAUUAAGAAUUGAACUGUAGCCAAAUUGUUCUGUCAACCUUGGUCUUAGCCUAACCGGAGGGAGAGAAAAUGGUAAAAAGUAAAAAUCUAAGCAAACAACCAGUAUCAGAAUAUCUUUUUAAAAAUGCAUUUUAGCAUUGUACACUCCCCACUUAUUGCAAGGAAACAUUUUUCAAUACUUUAAAAACUACCGAAUACACCAUUCUAAUCAGUAAUGUUAUAUGUACAGAAGAGUGGCUGCGAUUAAGCCGUAAUGAUCAAUGCUUAAAAAUGUAAUACUGACUGACUUAAUAUUUACAAUUGACUUAAUAUUUACAUUUAAUAUUUUCAGCCCCUUGGUCUCAGGGCAGCAGACGGCAUCCAAUACUAUAGUAGUCCAAGACUGGGUAACCAAUGGCCUUCCAGAUGUUGUUAUGCUGCAAUUUCUACCAUCUCUCACUGGUGACCAUAAUGCCAAGUGCUGUUGAAAACUGGAGCUCAACAACAGUGAAGAAAGUCAUUUACCUUUCAUGGUUACACAUAAGCACAUUCAAAUCAAUGGUACAGGUUAGUUACAGAUACCUUAACCCUCUCUGAUUUCAGUGGGUUUUUUUUUUUAAGUGCGACUAAGUCUGGAUCCAAUGUAGUAAUAACAACAAAAAUAACAACAACGAUCUACAAACAAUCUGGAACCUAGAUCGAAUAUUCAAAAAUUAAAAUAAAAUCACAAAAGGUAUGGAAAGAGAGGUAGAACAAAAUGUUUCUUUAAAAAUACCAAUGUUGACCAAAUAAAGGGUCAACAGAUCACUUGGCGCAGAGAAUUCCACAUACUGGUGUCACACAAGGGCAAAUAACAGGGUUCCUGAGGAUCACUGCAGGGGACAGCCUCAUGUGGCAAUCUUGAAUAAUAUAGCCGAAUAAGCAGCACUUUGGAUGAUGCUCAGAAGCACGUCUAAUCAAUUAAAUUGAAGAAAACUGAAGUUAUGCAUUAAUUUAAACAAACCAUACUUUAACUUGCAUUUGUAACCUUGAUGCAUUCUUUAAAUACUAAAGUCUGCACAGGCAACCUCCUAUAAAAAGCAUUAGAGAAAAUCUAGAGAUUAACAAGGAUGAAUUCUUGAUUUACUACACUUUGAAAUUCCAAAGUUGCCUCCAUACAAUAUAGUCUAGGAUUUGUAGAGGAACAAAGAUCGGUCUGUGUGGCUACUAUCUAUGUAUCACAUCUUUAUUCCAGCAUUCCAUGUGAUGUGACUUUUUUUUGUUUGUAGAAAUAUAAGGUUUCCCUUUCAAAUCUAAGCAUAGCAAACUCCCAAGCCAAAAAGGAACACAGCAUCAAGGAUGUGUUCAGCAGUGGGGGUCCAGUCCAACUACCCUCUUUCUCUCUAUGCCUUGAUGAAACUUUGGAAAGAGUGCAAUAUAUCUAUUUAUAUAUGUUUUGCACAGGCUAAGAAUCUAUAUUAACACAUUAAUGAUCAUUUUAAAGCAUUUUCCUCUAGUUACUAAUAAAUGUUUUACAUUUCAAACUACAAUGUUAUUUUCUCAUAAAAUUGAAAAACGAAUAUUAAAAUACAUUAAGUCUUA